AGCGCUGGCUGUGGGAGAGCGGACGCCCAAGAGGACCAGGGAGACGAUUCCGGAACCUUCCGCUGCUUCCCCACCCUCUGAAUCAAGUUUACCAUGUCAGGACUCUGGCUGAAAACUGCAUUUGUGGUGCAUUUCUCUGUGGUGCUGUGUAGCUUGGAGCCAGCGCGGUCCGGGACAGAAAGAGGAGGGUGGAACAGUUCCGACUACGACGCCACCAAUCUCAUCCUCCACACCUCGGACACGGUGUUCCACCUGAUCACUGCCCCUCUGGACUACACACAGGCCAAGCGCUUCUGCCUGGUGCAGUUCAGCACUCUGGCCACAGUGGGGCAGCAGGAGGCCGAGAACGGCAGCCUGCAGCUUCUGAGGGAGGCGGGGCUGAGGAAACCAGUGUGGGUCAGAGACCCCAAUCAACCAAUCAGGAGCGAGCCAGCAGUCUCCAAACAGUACAUGCACCUGCCUGCCCUGACCUUCCCGCGGGACUCCAGGGGAGGCUUCGCCCGGGUUCAGCUGCGCUUUCCCCCGCUGCCGGCGGUGACCGUGUGCGUGCGGGUACAGUGGGACCAGCGUCACAACCAGGUGUCCACCGUCUUCUCCUAUGCCGCGCCCGUCUUCACCAACGAGUUCCAGCUGCGGGGCCGUGCGGACGGGGCGGGGCGCGUGCUGGUGGCGCUCAUCGUGCACGGCCACCACCGGCCCUACAAGGCCUCCUUCUCCAACGACGGUGCCUGGCACCACCUGUGCGUCACCUGGCGCCGGAGCGACGGCCGCUGGGCCAUCCACGUGGACGGGGAGAGGCGGGACACGGGCGCCGGUGCCGACACACCCAGGGACAUCCACGGGGAGGGCAUCUUCAUCGUGGGCCAGGACCAGGACUCCUUCGGGGGGGACUUCACCGAGCCCUUCGUGGGGAACGUCACGGACCUGAGGAUCUGGGACGUGGCCCUGGAGGAGGCGAAGGUCCAAGACCUGUACGCCUGCUCCGCUCCGGCCCGCGAACCGCUGUUCACCUGGAGCAUCGCCAACAUGACCCUCCACCCGGGCGCAAAGCUGGUCCCGGUUCAGCUACUCUGCUCAGCAAACCUUAAGCAGCAGGUAGAGUACUGCCAGGCCCUGGAGACCUCGUCAUCAGGGCAGCUUUACCACCUCAUCAACCUGCCCUGCUCUCAGAGUCUGCCGUUCAUCUGCAUGACCAGCAGAGAGCGCUUCCUGAAGGUGAACGAGCUGAAAGGAGUGCAGCCCAGCCCGUUCAUGAAUCACCUGGUGCAGCUGUCCAAUGGCACGCUGCAACCAGAGGGGCUGGUCCCUGCUCAUCCGGAACAACUGACCUGGGGUCAGGUGUCCCACCUGCUCCAGGUGUCCAAGCAAGCCCUGGAGGAGUCUUCUGCUGAUCUGGAACCCUCAGACAUGCUCCACCUGGUGCAGAUGCUGGCCCAUGUUGCGGACGUUCCGAUGCAUCCAAACAACAGCCACCUGUCCGUUACCGCCCUCAGCCGGCACUUCAUCACAGUGGCUGACAGGAUGGUCAGUGAGGAGAACGCUCCCAAGUGGCAAGCCAUUAAACAGGUCGUAAAUGGGCCGAUGGCAGUGGUGGAGAGCAUAGACAGGAUGGUGAGUAAUCUCCACCCUAUGCUGCUGGCUGAGAGCGGAGGCCUGGUUAUCCAGAGCGACAAUAUCAAGCUGCAGGUCCACCAGAGGAGCUUGGGAGAUGGAACCGGUGCUUCUGAGUUCUGCGGACCCCACAAUGAAAAUGACACUGUCAUGGACUGCAUUUCGGUCCCAUCCCAUAAUAUCCAGACUCUCCAUGACAACGGUUUCCAGAAGGUUACUGUGAUGAACGUGUGGUACGGAUCCCUGCUCCCGCUGUUCCACACCCAGGGGAACGUCACUCUGUUUCCCGCCGUCAGUGACGGGACGCACAAGUAUAAGGGAGCAGUGCUGGGGUCCUCUCUCAUCUCCAGUACAGUGCUGGGGGACAGUCGGCCCAUAAGCAUGGCCAUUCAAUUCCAGCUCCAGCACAGACCUCAGAAUCCCCCUGGGACAGUGUAUGACCCUGUGUGUGCGUACUGGGAUUUCUCCCUCAUGCCAGAGGCAGGAGGGGGUUGGUCCACUGUGGGCUGUGAGGUCAUAUCCAAGGGACAGGGCUCCACUUCCUGUCACUGCAACCACACAACUAACUUCGCCCUGCUGCUGCAAAUAUAUGAAGUUAAGAGGACUCCGGUGGAGGAGAGCGCGCUGCAGAUGCUGACCUUCAUCGGCUGUGGCAUCUCGCUCUGUGGCCUGACCUUCACGUUCAUCCUCUUCAUCGCGGUGGGGGUCCCGAAAUCGGACCGGAACACAGUCCAUAAGAACCUGAUUGUGGCGCUGGCCGUGGCGGAGCUGCUCCUGAUGUGCAGCGAUGCAGCAUCUGCCCAGCAGGAGGUGUGCUUGGGAGUGACGGCAGCACUGCACCUCUUCUUCAUGGCCUCCUUCACCUGGAUGCUGGUGGAGGGCUUACUGCUGUGGAGCAAGGUGGUGUCUGUCAACAUGAGUGAAGACCGCAGGAUGGGGCUGUAUUACUCCAUCGGCUGGGGUGUGCCAAUCGUCAUUGUCGCCGUGACCUUGACAGUUUCCUUUCACAAGUACAAGGCGGACAAUUACUGCUGGCUCAACGUUAAGACUGAUAUCAUUUGGGCCUUUGUGGGGCCCGUGCUCUUUGUUCUGGCGGUCAAUGCGGUGGUACUGUGUCGGGUUGUCAUGGUGACAGUGUCCAGUGCCCGUCGCCGUGCGAAGAUGCUCACGCCAAGUUCCUCCUCCCAGCUGCAUGCCCUUGACCUCACCUGGGCAGCGACCCGUCCUGUCCUGAUCCUGUUGCCGGUUCUGGGCCUGACCUGGCUGUGCGGAGUUCUGGUGCACCUGUCCAUGGUCCUGGCCUACCUGUUCAUCGCACUCAACGCUUUCCAGGGUCUGUACAUCUUUCUGGUGUAUGCUGUUUACAAUAGUGAGGUGAGAAAUGCCAUUCGAAGAAUCAAGGAGAAAAGGAAGGCUUUGUCCUUUACGAACUGCUCCCAGCCAAUCGGCUUCCUCCCGUCCCAGAGAACGGCCACCUCCUCCUGGACCAACAGCGUGCCGAUGCCGUCGAGCCCCGAGACCAGCGACACGUCCGCACCGGGCAGCACUUCCUGUGGGUCCCUGGUCAUUAAGAACGAGAGCUUCAGGAAGGAGAGUUUUGUGAGCUUCUCCACGAAGCACCCGACAACAGAAAACCAGGUGGUUCAAUUGACAGCCUUCAAGCCUUCAGGUUGCUGACCCCUGUCACUGAAGAUUGGAAGGCAUGUGCACUGUGAAGCAUACCAUGACAGGAACCGACACACACACGCACUGUCACACACA